GGUGAAUUCGCCGAUACUAAAUACCAUGCCGUGUCCAAACGUAGAACUUGGAGAUCUUCUGGAGAAACUCGUUUUGUAUAUGCGAAUAAUGCUGUUUUAGAGCACGGUGCCGGAAUCGCGCCAGUUCGCUCUUCAUCUCCCAACGAGAACUCUUUACUCGUUCACUACCGGACUGAAUCUAGGCUGAUGAGGGACGCUGAGCUAUAUCAGGAUUAUGACCUCGACAGCGAUAUCGAGGAAGAAGAAAUAAAACAAGGAGCGCCUAGCCAACCCCCGCCUUACUGUAACCAGAGUUAUUCCCCUGGGGCGGCACCUGCUGAGUCCGAUUUUUCUGAUGCCACUUCCGAUAGCAGUGCUUUAAGUUCAGAUGAUGACAACCCUGACUGGACGGAAUCGGCGGUUGCGCGGCCUCCAGGUUUCCGCUCGACGGACACAUUGACUGCUGAGCCGCUGUCUCGACCCUUUUCUCCGACCCAGCGAAUGGUGUUAGUUCGGAGCACGGCAUUCGCGACCUGGGCAUGCUACAUAUACUAUUGCUACACUGGCCAAGUUUCUUUCUACCCUCUGAGGUCUAAAGAUCCGCUCAGCCGACGCAACAACACAACUCAGACUUUACGCUGCUCUCCUAAGUCGAUGUACCGACUCGCCCUUAAGGUUAGUGUACUAUCUUGCGUCCUUCAUGGCAACAGGUUAACAAGAAUCCCGAAGCUCAAGAACGCACGUUUAGAAGCUCUGGCGUUCCAGGCAAUCAAAUCUAGUUUACGCGAGAGCAAUAUCUUGGCCGAGGCAUUCUCGUGGUUUACAGCUCAGUACACCGACAUUCAAAACAUGGAGCUAGACCUCCUAAUGGAGUUCCGCAGCUCACUUGAAGUAUCAAGUCGUCUGGAGCGAAUGAUUGAAGCUGUUUCCCGAGGAGAAAAGCGUUAUGCCCGUACUAUGCUUCAUGCCUUUUUAGCAAGAUUGACACGGCAGGGGACGGGUAGUACCGGUACACAGUGAAGUUACAACAGUCCUUCUAUCUUUUAAUCAGUGUUGUAUUUGUGAGUUGUGUUGUGCCAAUGUUGUCCUUUGUCGUCUUGUCUUUCACAUCUCAUCAUAUGUCACGGUGUUGUAUCAUUAUGAGCUUGCUUGGAACUUGCUUUGGUAGGAUUACUGUAAAAUCUUACGAAUAUGUACAAAGUUCACCGACCC